AUGGGGCUUUCUACGCCAGGGCCCGCCCACACCGUCGAGAGACAGCGUGAUUCCAGAAAUAGGGAAACCGAAAAAAACGAAAAACGAUGCGCCUCAUAUCUGUCCAAGCAGUCAGGAACGCCCCUCUUGCUCUCCAUCUCUCUUUCUCUCUCCCUCGCUCGCUCUCCUGGCCCCCUUUGGGUCUCUGCGACAGAUGGUGAUGCAUCAUCCCUCCGACCAAGCCUACCUGUGAAGCUCGUCUGCCAAUGCAAUCGUGGGACCGACUGUCACGAGCAGCGGCAUGUCUGUCCCUCCCUUGGGUUGCCCGCUGCACCACUGCUCUAGUGCUUUGCUGUGUCUCAAACGGAGUGCCUCCGGCGGGCCUAUGUGCCAUCUCACUCUCGUCCUGACAGGCUGACAGCGGAACCCCAGCCUCACCAAUCCGUCGCUGGCAGCACAUGGACAUUUUUUUUUCCUCCUUUUCUUUUCUCAUGCUCCCGUCCACCGCGUGCUUGUGCGAGUGGCUACCGUCAUGCAGCCAGCC